CAAAACACGAGAUAUCACGCAUUGGGCUGCUCUUGUCUUGUGUUUUUGUUUUGUAUUGUUUUCGUGAACUUGCUGGGAUGUCGUCUGCGUCUGCGCUGCCCCCUGCUCUGCUCGACCUCACUUGGCUCAGAGCUUCUGCUCGUCUUGGGUCCAGUAACGCCAAUGCCUGCGGUCAUGUCAUUCGAAGGAGGAUGCAUCUCGCGACCGCACCGUCUCCGAGCAUGCCACCCCCAGAGCUAAUGGCAUCUGGAGACGCCUUCGGCCACAGACGACGGAGACGUGUGCCAAGCAUGUCGCUUGCGGUUUUGCAGACAGAGACGAACAGGGUGGCCCAGGCAGAGCUCGCACGUCGCGUAGAGUCGUUGACAAAAAUCGAAGUAUCACAGCGUGAUAUCGUCGAACCUGAACCAGGACCAACAGAAGAUGAGCUCCUUGCCAUCUACGAAGACCUACUCGCCAUCGAACCACCGCCAUCCCAGCUUCCCGAAUCCCCUCAAAAUCAAAAACAAAUGGAAGACUGGUCCCUCGUCGAGCGCAUCGCAGAACGUCUCGCACAUCCACAGACACCGUACUCUCACCCUCCACGCGCGGAAUCCGAAAGCUCGCUAACGAACACCCUUCGACAACGUCUUGGUGUCGAUACCUCCGCUGAAGAGUCCGUUCCUGACGUCAAUGUGGAUGUUAAUUCACCACAUCGACGCGUCCUUGCGAGGUUGCGUGAGAUCUUACCGAGGUUCGAGGCAGCGCAGAGGUCUUUGCAUCCGAUUUUGGGAGGGACGAGUACCGUGCCGAAAAGUCAGGUGCCUAUCGUGUGGUUGCUUGAGGAUGAAUGGAAGGCUAUGAUUCGUGUUUGUUUAGAACUCCAUGAACCCGAUUUAGCGGAAGAGACGCUGGUGUUAAUGAAGCGAGCCAGCGUAACUGUUCCCGAAGAAUCCAUUGACGACAUCAUGACUUUCUACGCCGCAGAAGCCGACGUCCCCUCCCUCGAAACCUUCAUGCAAAACUUCCUCACCACCUCCCCAACCCCACACCAACGUCACCUCCACAUAAAAGCCCACCAACGCCUCUCCCCCAAAUCCUCCCUACCCACCUCCGCCCUAACCCUCCUGCACACCUACGAAAACGCGUCCCUCCCCGCCCCUCUCGAGACCUACCACCACCUAAUAACCCAACUCCUCCACACCACGCCCUCCCAUUCCCCCUCUCUCGCAUCGAUAUCCCGCGCCCAAGCAUGGGACCUCUUCGCCCAUAUGCGUUAUGUAGCGCAUCCGGACCCCACUGAGGGGAUAUACGCUACUAUGCUCCUCGCUUGCGCACACACAUAUCGCUCCGAGCCCGAACGCGCUCUCGAUCUCUGGACUGAAAUGACUGUAGAUAGACGGAUGCAGCCUAGCGAACGGAGUUAUGGGGGCGUGAUUAUGGCUCUGGCUCGGAGCGGAGAAAAAGAAUAUGUGGGUGAGGCGUUUAGACUCGCUAGAGAGAUGUUGGGCGGUGGUGGUGUGGGGGGGAGUGGAGUGAAUAGAGAUGCGUAUGGGAGGGGGAGGUUUAGGCCGGGUCAGUUGGUUUUUUUGGCGUUACUAGAGGGAGCGAAGAGGAUGGGGGAUUUACCGAGGGUGAGGUGGAUAUUGGCGGAGAUGGUGAGGACGGUGGAGGGGGGUGAGGGGGAUGGGGUGGCGGGAGGGGUGGGAGGGAAUGAGGGGGUGAGAGUGAAAGAGAAAGAGAAAGGGAAGGCGGAGGGAGAGGGAGAGGGAAGGGUGGAGAUUAAUGAGGAGGUGAUGAUGUAUGUGUUCAAUGCGUAUGCGGCGUAUAGGCCUCCGUUCAAGAGGUCUUUGGCGCCGCUCGUCAAGGAUGCUGCCGACGAAGUGAACACCACCUCUGCGUCCUCUACUUCCUCGACCAAGACCGCAACAUCAGCCUCAUCCUCGACGUCCACAUCACAGCAUCAACAUCACGAACAAACACAACCCCAAACCUCCAUCAAAUCCACCUCUUCCAGUCCCAGCUCCGACAACACAAGCUUCUCGCAUAUCCCGCCCCAGAGCCGCUCUGAAGUCCUCCGCGAGGCUAGAGCCAUAUUCAUGCAGAUCGUCGACGCACAGUCUCAAUCUCCUUCGAGUUUCAGCGCUCAAUCCCAAUCGAGCUCGAGUUCGAGCACUCAAUCCCAAUCUCCUUCGAGUUCAAGCACUCAAUCCCAAUCUUCUUCGAGUUCGAGCACCCAAUCCCAAUCUUCUUCGAGCUCGAGCACUCAAUCCCAAUCUCCUCCGAGUUCGAGCACUCACUCCCAAUCUUCUUCGAGUUCGAGCACUCACUCUCAAUCCAACACCACCCCCUCCAUCUUCCGAAACGUCAAACUGACGACACCCCUCCUCAACUCAUACCUCUCCAUCCACUACGCUCACAAUUCGUUCGAAGCGAGCCAUAAGCUGUUCUUUGAACUCUUCGGUAAGUCUGAGUCUGAGUCUGAGUCGGCUGCGAUGAAGCCGAGCGGGAGGAGUUUGGUGGAGGCGUUGGAGAGGUGUGCGAUGCCGAUUCGGGUUGAGCGGGAUCGGGGUGGAGGGGAUGGUGGAGGGGAUGGGAGUGUGAAUGGAGAUGCGAAUAGAGAUGCGAAGAGCGAGAAAGAGAGGGAGAGGGAGGUGGCGUUGAGGUUUGCGGAGGAUGUGUGGGGGAUGUGGGAGGUGCUCGAGGAGCGGGGGAUGCGUUGCGAGAAUGAGAACUCGAAGGAGAGAGUGGGCGCGAGGAUGAUCGAGAGGGCGAAUUCGGCCAUGAUUCGGAUUUUGGCGCUGACCAAAAACCUGCCCCGCGCCCUCUCCCUCCUCCGCACCUUCACCACCCGCUACCCUCCCUCCACCCUCCGUCAACCCACACCGCUCCCCUCCCUCCGUUCCACUCGCACCGUCCUCACCUCCCCCACUCGCCCCAUCGUCCGUCUCACCUCGCCCGUCGAGGUGCCCGACGAUACGGUCCCCCCGCUGCUUCUGUGGCGCGAUUUGGAGGUGCUGCAUCAUAAGUUGGUUGCAGAGGGGGAUAAGAAGGGGAUAGGGAUGGUUAAGUGGGUGGGGAGGGCUUAUGAGGGGAGUUUGAGGAGGAGGAGGGAGGGGGCGAUGAGGGAUGGGAAUGUUGGUGGUGGAGGUAGAAGUGGGGGUGGUGGUGGGACGGAGGUUGUACAGGUCGUUCAGGGUGAGGAAGUGGGGGAGGGUGAGACUGCGAGGACGGGAAGGUCAGAGGAGGAGAUGAAUGAGGUUGAUUAGACGGAGG